UGAUAAUGAUUAAAAGCUACUGCUUACUGGUGCCGACUGCCGAAUGCCAGUAUUUAAAUUUUUUUUGUCAUGGAUAAAUUCUCUCUAAAUAAAAUAAAGAAAUUUGUUCUCUAAGUAUGUUAAAAAUAAAAAACAUUUUUAAUUUACAAUGACCGAGGGAUUAAUUUCCGAACGUUUCGAUCGGAUUAAAUUUAAUUUCAGUAGAAUUGAAAUUGGACUAAUUUAAAUAAAUACUAUAAUAUACAUACAAAACAGUAAUUGCAAUCAAAUAGGUAAAAUAUCUUUCAAUCUCUUAAGGAUUUUAAGAUUUUGUUAGUGGUUCAUCAAUUUCAAUGUUUUCCUUCGAAUUAAAUUAUGACCAUUAAAAUAUAAUCUUUAGAAAAUCAACACACAUUUAACAAUCAUGAUGUUUAAAGCAAAAAUUUUAUUAAUUGGAAUCAUACUCACUCUAGUAAUCACUCUAUUAUUGUCACUGUUAUAUGUGCGAGAACUUGAGAAUGGUGGAAAUUUACGGUUAAAAGAACAGGCUUCUUCUGUGUUCAAAAGUAAUAAACUUGGCAUCAUAAUACCUUUUAAAGAAAGAUUUGAUGAGCUUUUAGAAUUUGUGCCACAUAUUAAUUCGUUUCUGAAAAACCAAGAUGUACUCCAUGAAAUAUUUGUUAUCAAUCAAGUUGAUCAGUACCGUUUUAACAGAGGUUCAUUGAUUAAUGCCGGGUUUAAAGAAAUAAUGUCCUCAAAUAGCAUGGUUGAUUAUAUAGCUAUGCAUGAUGUUGACUUAUUACCUCUUAACCCUGCACUAGAUUAUCAUUAUCCUCCAACUGGUCAUGUUAACCACAUUGCUGCGCCUCAUUUGCAUCCACGUUACCAUUAUGCUUCAUUUGUGGGUGGAAUUCUACUUAUUACCAAAGAAGACUUUAUACAAAUCGAUGGCUUAAGCAACAAUUAUUGGGGUUGGGGUCUUGAAGAUGAUGAGUUUUAUUUACGCCUUAAAGAAGCCAAGAUAGGUAUUCAUAGACCAGGAAAUUUAACAACGGGUAUAUCAAAUACAUUCAGACACAAUCAUGAUCGAACUGUUAGAAAACGUGAUAUGACAAAAUGUUAUAACCAACGUGAAGUAACAAGAAAGCGUGACAGACACACUGGAUUACAUAAUAUUAACUAUUUUGUAAAAAAAAAACAUGAAUUGCUCAUAGAUGGUGUACCUACACUAGUGUUAGAUAUAGAAUUAAAAUGUAAUAAGACGUUAACUCCUUGGUGCUUAUGUUCAGAAUAUGGUGUAAAAAACACUAAAAAUCUAAAAAAAGGGAAGUAAAAUGAUUUAGGUUGAGUUUAAAAUUACAUUUUAUAGCUAUGAAUUUUAUUAAGAUGUUAAUAUUGCUCAGAUAGUACAAAUUUUCAUUUUAUAAUUUUAAAUACAAAAUUUCACAAAUUUAUCACUAAAACUUUUUAACAUUUAUUAUUUUGAAAAUGAAAAACAACUUUGAUUCUGAGUUAGGCAUAAACUUGCAUAUAAAAAUAAAACCUAAUAUAUUAUAAUGGGACACAUUAGGAAAUUUUCUACUAUAUUUAUUAUCCGCUUAAUGAAGUUAAAUAUAUUUAAUUUCCUUUAACUUAACACAUUUAGUAUACACUGAACUUGAUUUCUAUUUAAUGAUGAGGUAGUGCAUUCAAAUAGAUACUCUAAUACCUCGAGUGAGUGUAUUUAGUUCCAUUGUAUAUAUUUAUUAUACCCAAUAACAAUACAUUUUUAACACAGUAAUGGUGUUCAAACUAAAUAUUAGUAAAUAAAUAUGUGUAUAUAUAAAAUUGACUACUAAUUAUUAAGAAUAAACUCUAGUACAGUGACAGAUCCAGUGUCACAAAAUAAUCAAUCUAGGAUUUACAUUUUUAGGGGGCCGGCUAUUUUGUAUUAAAAUUGUAUUUUAUAUAUUUCUCAUUUAUAUCAAUUUAACAACAGGUUUAUCUAAAACAUGAUUAUUCUCUAGAUAUCUAUUGUAGAGGCUUCCAAAGUUUUUUUUGUUAACCAUUUAUGGAUAUUACACAUCAGUUACAUACCAUUAAUGGCUAUAAAUAGAACUAUUCAAAAUUUUAUACCUAUUAAUAUCAAAAAAUAUGGAAAACAUGAUUAUAAAAUAUGAUAUGUAAUAGAAAUAUAUAUUAUACUAUCCCUGUUAUUACAAAUAUUAAUAAAUAAAACUAAAAAUUUGAAUUAUUUUUCAUACUUUCAUGUGGUUUUUCACGUAGUAUCAUGUGACCUUUUGCGUACCAUAGUUUGAUUCCCAAACUGACCUAUUGUGUUAAUAUCUCAUUUAAUUAUAAAUUAUAGAAUAUUGAUGUAUGAACCCAAACAAAUUUAACUUGGAGCAACAAUGGUGUAUAUCCGUCCCUGAUCUUGUAAAAAUUUAGCAUUUAUACAAAUAAGCCUUAUUAUAAUUAUAAUUGUGUUCAUAUAAGUUAGUAAUAAGCUAUAAAAUAUAAAUUUUUUAACUAUUAAUUUAUUAUGUCAUUGUUAAUUGGAUUAUCUUUUCUGUUAUUAUUAUUGUUUUAUAAAUUGUUAUAUUAUUAGUAAAAAAUACAUAAAUAUUGUUUUAUUCGCUUAAAAAGUUAAAGACUAAAUAUUCGCGUAUAGUAUAAUUCUGUCUAUUGUAUUAUUGUUUCAAUGCAGUGUAUUCUGAGAUGUUUAAAUCAUAGUUAUUUAUGAACUAUAAUAAUAUAAUUAUAAUAUAUAAUAUUUUAGAAAUAUUCUUAAUCAAAAUAAUUUAAAUGCUGUAGGAAACUGUAGUAGGUUUAUAAAAUGUCAUUUUUGUUUUUAAUUUUAUAAUUCUAUUGGUUUUUGAUCUCAUCAAACAUGUUUAGCCAUAAAUGUUUUUGUUACCAAAAAAAAUAACAAAUAUUUUUUAUUAUUUUAAGUUUGUUAAAUUAUUUUAGAAAUAUUGUUUUUUUUUUUAGUUCUUAUGUUAUUUUCAGGAUUAUUAUAGCUGCUCAACUUUAAAAAAAAAUAAAAAUGUUUAAUACA